ACCAGAAGUAAGAAUGAAACAGAAUCUACAGCUCGAUACAAACGCUGUUUUUGAAAAUACUUGUGUUCUGUUUUUGUUUGGUCAGCUUACUGAGUAUCUUCCGAGCUCAGAGGACGCGGUAAUCAAUUUAGCGUAAAUAGAGAUUGCGCUCAAGAGAUCGCAUUUAUUUUCAACACGUAAUACCAACGCCAACCAAAGUCAAGUGCUUUUAAAUAACAUAAGUACUCCAUAGUACUAUUGCCAUAAGGCUUGUUUGAGAUAAAUUAGUACAGAUUCAGGCUGUACAUUCAGAACCCAGUCCGCUAUACAUGGAAAACAAAUUCUUCCUUUCCAAGCAUCAUUUAGUGCUGUUUACCAGUGGACUGACUGACAUCCAUAAAUAUGGCAGCUAGGAGGACUUGGAUAGAGCCUGUGGUAGCGGGAGCACAGGUUGCCAGUUCCUUUUAUGACACUGGAUUGCUGAUGGUGGUAAAGGAUCACUACAACCAAAACAAUACCUCAUCCAAUAGCUCUGAUGAUGAUGCCCUUCAGAAAGCCAUCUCUAACUUCUAUAUAAUCUACAACUUGAUUCUGGGAUUAUCUCCUAUUCUGUCUGCUUAUGUUCUAGCAAAAAUUGGGGAUAAAUGGAACAGAAAAAUAACUAUCUGUGUGCCACUAGGAGGAUAUCUCACAUCCCGAUGUUUACUGCUCUUCGUCAUUCUUCUUGAUUGGCCAAUAGAGGUAAUGUUUGGAUCUGCAGCUCUCAAUGGUUUAACGGGCUGGUUUACAACUUACUGGGCUGGUGUCAUGGCCUGGGCAUCAUUGGCAUCAUCUGAGAGGAAAAGAUCUUUACAGUUAAUAAUUAUAGAACUUGUGUAUGGCUUGGCUGGUUUUGCUGGAAGCUUGGCAUCAGGGCAUAUAUUCACUGAUUUAAAUAUCAAAAACUAUAAAGGUGCUGUUCUUGUCUCAUGUAGUCUUGCCUGCUACACAUUUUGCUUGUUGUAUAGUGUUUUUGUAUUGAAAAUACCGGACACUGAUCAACUAUGCAUAGAACACAUUACAGAAGAAGAUCAAACCAUUAGCAAUAGUAGACAUAAAUCUUUAAAUUCCGAGUACACUGAACGCAGCGGAUUGCUGGAUGAUCAACCUCAUCAUAUACGAGUACCUGAUUCUUGUGAUGCUCAAACAACUUUGCCUGCAUCCAAAGCUAUAAUAAUUAUUAUGUUUAUUAGUGCUAUCUUAUAUAACAUUGCCUCAACUUCUACUGAAGAUGUGAUAAAUGUUUUUGUACUAAAGAAACCUCUAAGUUGGGGACCAGUGGAUGUUGGUUAUGGAAACGCUGCAACUUAUGUGACUUAUAUUACCAGUUUCCUGGGCGUUUAUGUUUUCUCCAAGUGCCUUGGUGAUUUGGGCAUGAUAAUUAUUGGAAUGUUGUCAUUCAGUGCUGGAGUACUUAUAAUGGCCUUUGUACGUUGGACUUUCCUUUACUAUAUAGCUCGAGCUGUGAUGAUGUUCUCUCUAAUCCCAACUCCAACCAUCAGGUCUAUGAUAUCCAAAAACAUUCAGGGAUCAUCAUAUGGUAAGGUCUUUGUUCUUCUUCAGCUGGCCAUUGAAAUAAUUAGUGUGAGCAGUUCCGCGGGAUUCAACAAGGUGUAUCAAGUUACGCUAGAGUGGCACAGUACUUAUUGCUUCAUCUUCAUUGUGAUUUGCAUCAUUGGCUUUCUCAGCAUUAUACCAGUAAGUAUUGCUUGCUGCAAACAUCAGAAGCUCCUCAACAUGCACAAGAAUGAAGAAAGAACAUAAGCUACUGAUACCGGUAUUUGGCGCUGACAAUCCUGGAAAUAAUGUUGCUUUAGAGCAGAAAAGAUGAAAGCCGGUUACUCCUUUAGGAUGGAAUGGAAGUGGGAGUGUAGACACUACUUGUACGGAUCUCACAGGUCUCCCUUCCGUAUGGUCGUUUGCAGCCCAUGACUUUGAUGGGUAUUCUCCAAUCCCAUCAGAGGAAAAGAUACACUGGAAAGGAGGACAGAACAGGCGCAGCCCGACUCAAGU